AUGUGGUUACCUGAUGUUAUCGGCGAUAGACGAGUUAUCUUGGGCUCCAGUCUGCCUCGGCGAGCCGAGAUCCUCAAGACGAAUCUUGGCGUGAGCCAGUUUGAAGUGUUCCCAUCGCAAUUCGCCGAAGACCUUCCGAAGGUGGGGAAGACCGUGGAACAGUACGUGAGCCAAACAUGCCGCUGUAAGGCGGAAGAGAUUACUACCAGGCUUAAGGGUGAUGAGCCGUAUGUGCUUAUUUGCUGUGACACCGUGAUUGACUGUGACGGUAAGGUGAGAGAGAAACCAAAGACUCCUGAGCGCCAGAGAGAGAUGAUCCAGGAGUACCGCAAUUUAGGUGAUAUCAGGGUCAUCAGUGCGGUGACGGUGAUUGCGGGUAGUGGUGCUGGUCGCAUUGAAGGUGAAGCCACUGGUGUUUGUACCACUCGUCUUAAGUUCAAUAGCCAAGUGGACGAUAGCUGGAUCGACCAGUACGUGGCUAGUGGCGAAGGGCUUGAAGUUGCUGGUGGAUUCAAGUACCAGGAAAAAGGCUCGUACAUUUUUGAGAAUAUUGAAGGCGACUACUUCAAUAUUGUCGGUCUCCCCGUGGCUACCACUCAUCGCCUCAUUGAACAAGUGUUGACCAAAAACUAA